AUGGCUAGUUCAAAUUCAAAACGGAAAUUAUUUUCAAUUUUUAAUAAUUCUAAUAACUCUAAAAAACAGAAACAAGAUGAUGUGAGUUCCAAUGAUUCAAUUCUAAUUUCGGAUAUAAGUUCAUCAAAUAACACUGCUCUGAAUGCUUUAAUGACAGACAAAUUAAACUCUACUUAUGUUAGUUCUGUUAAUCAAUAUGACUUGCCUGAUACCCUUCAUUCUUUGAUUGCAAAGGAUACACACAUUUUGGACAAUGAAUCACAAGUUUCACAACAACAGCAUUUGCAUGAUAUUGCUAAUUUUGUAGUAGAUCAUGCUUUAAAGUAUUCUGAAAUUGUAAACUGUUUAAAAUUUGCUUGGUGUCCUUCGCCCAAUUAUAUUUUCCCACAGCAAAUUGAAGGAAAAGGAAAAAACCAACGCAACAGAAAAUUCCAAUACAAAUAUUUAGACCUCUUUCCUUGGCUGGCUUAUAGCAAAAUAAAAAAUGGUGCAUUUUGUAAAUGGUGUGUUGUGUUUGCUUUUUCAGGCGGAGGUGUAGGCCGACAGAAAUUAGGUAAAUUAGUCACACAGCCAAUGACAAAAUAUAAAGAUGCCAUGAAUGAUUUUCAAGAACAUGCUACAAAAGACUAUCAUCUUCUAGCUGGGCAAAGAGUUACAGAUUUUUUAAAUAAUUAUAACUCUGGAGGUAAAAAAGAUGUAAAUGUACUCUUUGACGAUCGCUUGAACCAAGUUAUUGAAUAUAAUCAUAAGAGACUUAUACCCAUAAUUAAGUCAAUACUAUUUUGUGCUCAAAACAAUUUACCACUAAGAGGACAUAGAGAAUCAGGGACUUUAAAAUGUGUUGAUGUACGACAAGAAUGUUUAUCAGGUAAACAGGGUCUUUUACGUGCAUUACUAUCUUUCCGUAUUGAAUCUGGGGAUAAAAACCUUGAGUCACAUUUUGACAUUGCAGCUAAAAAUUGCACAAUGAUAAGUCCUUCCAUUCAAAAUGAGAUCAUUGAAUCAAUUGGUGAUGUAAUAAAAAAUAAAGUAGUUAAUAGAGUUCGUCUAUCUAAAUAUUUCUCAAUAUUAUGUGAUGAAACAACUGAUGCAAGUACCAUUGAACAAAUGACAAUUUGUAUUCGCUAUGUAGAUAGUUCCACUUUUACUAUUAGAGAAGACUUCUUAGGUUUUGUAGAAAUGGCUUCAACUACGGGGACUGCCAUUAAAGAUGCAAUAAAAACUGAAAUAAAAAAAGUUGGUCUAAGUUUUGAUUUCCUUAGAGGUCAGGGUUAUGACGGAGGCUCAAAUAUGUCAGGAAAAAAUAAUGGUGUUCAAGCGCUUAUACUACAAGAACAGCCAUUAGCUUUUUAUACUCAUUGCUUUAGUCACUCGCUUAAUCUUUGUCUUUCUAAAGCAUGUGAUGUUGUUUCAAUUAAAAAUAUGACUAGUAUAGUUGGUGCCGUAUCUUCAUUUUUUUCUUGCUCAGCUAAGCGUACAGAUAAAUUGAAAUAUUUUAUCGAUACUGGUUUAUCCAAUGAUAGUAGUACAACUAAUAAAAAAACUAAGUUAAAAAAACUCUGUGAAACUCGCUGGGUCGAUCGGCAUGAUUCGCUUAUAUCAUUUAAAGAACUCUAUAUUUACACUGUUGCUACUCUUAAUGAUCUUGAAUAUCAUGAUUCAAAUCCAGAGACAUCAAGUAAAGCGUCAUUAUAUGUUAGUGCAAUAACAAAAAGUGACUUUCUUGUGUCCCUUGAAGUGGCUGUAACUUGCUUUUCUUAUACAUUACAACUAAGUCAAGUUUUACAGAGCAAACAACAAGAUUUGUCUAAAGCAUUAACUAAUAUUACAGCAGUAAGACAAGCUUUAGAAAUUAAACGUAAAAAUGCAGAUCAGUCUUUCAAAGAUAUAAUGAAUAGUGUCACUGAAUUAGCUUUAAAAGUUGGUGAAGAAAUAACCAUGCCUAGAAUUUGUGGGAGACAAACUAAACGAGUUAAUGUUAAUGCUAAGGACCCUGAAGAAUUUGAUAAAAGACUUCAACAAAUUAUGCCACUAGAAGGAUUAAUACCAACUAAUUUUGGGCAUUAUGAGGAUGAAUCUAUUUUAGCAGCUGCUUCUUGGGAAUCAGAAACAAAUCUUCCAGAUUCUGCUAUUGAAGCACUUCAACAUUGUACAGAGCUCUUGCCAAACGUAAAGAAACUUCUACAAUUGUUUGCUACAUUGUCUGUAACGUCAGCUACGCCUGAGCGUACAUUUUCAGUCUUAAAACGACUUAAAACUUAUUUAAGAGCAACUAUGACUGGAGAAAGAUUAAACGGCUUAGCUCUAUCUAAUAUAAAUAAAGAUGAUGUAGACUUUGAAGAUAUCGAAAAAUACAUUUUACCAGCUUUUUUAAAGAGAUCUCCAAGAAGAAUACAAACAUUGGACUGGACAAAAUAA